AUGCGUUCAUCAACCUUCCUGGUAUCAUCGCUGGCCAUCUUUGGAGCUCAAGCUGCUCCGGCCCUCCCCAAGCUUGAUCUCGACAGCAUAAAGAACCCGGCGGUUGCGUUGGACUCCAUAUCAAGCUACUUCAAUCUCCUUGCAUCAAAGGUUCAGCUUUCCAAGGUCCAAUCGGUGGCACCGAUAUGCGACCUGUCCAAGGCCCAGAUGCCCAUGGUCGACGGACUGCUCCCUCCAUCUGCUGGCUUGACCGUGCAUCACGUCGCCGUCGGCCGUGGCACUCAGAACUACACUUGCGAUGCCAGCAAUCCCGACGCGGCUCCUGUUGCUGCCGGCGCCGUGGCCACUUUGUUCAACGUCAGCUGCAUUGCGUCCAUCAGCCAAGAUCUGCUCCAAAAGGUGCCCAACAUGGCCGUCAACUUCAACUAUGACGCAGCUACUUCUGGUCCUCUCGGCCCAAUGACGCUUCCCGUCUCUGGCCAUCACUUCUUCGUCGACAGCACAACGCCCUUCUUCAACCUCGACACUACCACUCUGGACCUCGGUACGGUGCCUUGUGCAAAGAAUGCCAGCGCCCCUGCGCCAGCCACCGCGGCCCCAGGGCCAUCAGGCUCAACUGCGGUUCCGUGGCUGAAGCUUACAGCCAAGGAUGGCGCCACGGGCAGCAUCAAGGAGGUGUACAGGGUCAACACGGCCGGAGGCAACCCGCCGGCUACAUGCCAGGGCCAGCCAGCCAACAUUCAAGUGCAAUACUCAGCAGUAUACUGGUUCUGGGGAAGCAACUGA